GGAGGUGAAGCAGCUCAUCCAGGAAAAGACUCCCCGCCCCCCGCUUCCCCGCCCCCCGCACCCCCUCCCUCCCUCCCUCCGAGGAAGGUUCCACCCCCUGCAAAACCGAACUUGGCUUUUUUUCCUUGCUGGAGGAGCUGCCCUCAGUGAGGCAGCGAAGGGCUUUGGGAGGAGGCGCUCGCAGCCUGUCGGCGAUCCCCAAGGCCUCCCUGGCCCCGGCCGGCCCGCUGGCUCGCUUUGCCUCUGGCUUUCUCGGUUCCCCCCUUUUCCAGUCGUUCCGGGUGCCGGCUGGGGGAGCGCGCGACAGGCGGCAGAGCGCCGUGGGCCCUGCGCGGAGGUGGUAUGUGAGAGCGGCUCGGGGCUGGGCCAUGUAUUGGAAGAGCGAGCAGAUGUUCGUGUGUAAGCUGGAAGACAAGGACGUGCCCGAGCUGCCUGUUCCCACGGAGAAGUUCCCCAGGCUCAUGUCUGAGGAGUGCGGGCGUACUGCAGCCCUGGCGGCGGGGAGGACACGGAAGGGCGCCGGGGACGGGGGUCUGGUGAGCCCCGAGGGCGCGGGCGACGAAGACUCGUGCCCGUCCUCCGCCCCGCUGUCGCCGUCCUCGUCGCCUCGGUCCAUGGCCUCGGCGCCCGGCUGCCCCCCGGCCAAGUGCGUGUGCAGCAGCUGCGGCUUGGAGAUCGUGGACAAGUACCUGCUCAAGGUGAACGAGCUGUGCUGGCAUGUGCGCUGCCUCUCCUGCAGCGUCUGCAGGACCUCCUUGGGGAGGCACACCAGCUGCUACAUCAAAGAUAAGGACAUCUUCUGCAAACUGGAUUACUUCAGAAGAUACGGGACGCGCUGCUCCCGCUGCGGCAGGCACAUCCACUCCACCGACUGGGUGCGCAGGGCCAAGGGCAACGUCUACCACCUGGCCUGCUUCGCCUGCUUCUCCUGCAAGCGGCAGCUCUCCACCGGCGAGGAGUUCGCCCUGGUGGAGGAGAAAGUCCUGUGCCGGGUGCACUACGACUGCAUGAUGGACAACCUGAAGAGAGAGGUGGAGAACGGGAACGGGAUCAGCGUGGAGGGCGCGCUGCUCAGCGACCAGGACGUCAACCACCCCAAGCCGGCCAAGAGGGCGCGGACCAGCUUCACUGCCGACCAGCUGCAGGUUAUGCAAGCCCAGUUUGCUCAGGACAACAACCCCGAUGCCCAGACGCUCCAGAAACUGGCAGAGAGGACGGGCUUGAGCAGACGAGUGAUCCAGGUCUGGUUCCAGAACUGCCGGGCGCGCCACAAGAAGCACGUCAGCCCCAACCACUCUUCCACGGCCCCGGUGACGGCGGUGCAGCCUUCGCGGCUGUCUCCCCCCAUGCUAGAGGAAAUGGCCUACUCUGCGUACGUGCCCCCGGACGGGACGAUGCUCACGGCCCUCCACAGCUACAUGGAUGCUCCCUCGCCGACGGCGCUCGGACUCCAGGCCUUGUUACCCCACUCGAUGACGCAGCUGCCCAUAAGUCACACCUAACUGCUUUUCUUUCAGGGGGGUGACGCGCAGGCAUUUAUUGUGUAUUAAGUAUCGUUGAAAGAGGUUCAUGUGCGGUUUUUUUAUUUAACACCCCAAGCGUCUUGGAGACCGUUCGGCGCCAGGUACGUACGUCCGUCCGUGCGGUCGGCCCGUCCCUAGAGCCGGCCUGCAGCAAAGACGCUUUGGGGCGCUCUUGCCCCUCUCGAGAGCGAGCGCCGUGGACGCGAAGAUGCCGCCCCCCCACUGUCGGCCCUAGUGUGUCCCCGUUAAUUUAUUCGUCGUCCCAGAGCACUUUGCGGCAGAGGACUGAGCAGCGCGAGCCGCCCCCGCCCGUGUGGCCCCUCCUUCGUUUGCCCUGUAAGUUAUUGUUGUAAGCGGCGGCCUCGCUGUGGACCUCGCUUGGCCGCCCGCCGGAUCCGCCACUGCCGUUUCUUUGGGCCUCCUCCAACGAGAUGAAUAAAGCUUCUGUUGUAGCAUGCCAGGU